AUGGCAGACAUGACCCGACUUAACGAGGAGGUCAAGGCCAAGGCCAGGACAAACAGGGUCAAUGCCAAAGACGCUCUUGAACUCGUACAGGCUCAAUUUCUGGCCAGGGGCGCAAGUGGGAUCAAAGGGAAGUUGUCGUUCGAUGAGUUCUCCAAGGGCAUCCGUGAAGUCGGCGUGGUUCUACAGAAAGAGCAGGAGCAGGAGCUGUUCAAACUCUUUGACCGAAACGGCGAAGGGACUGUGGACUUUGAUGAGUUCAUUAGAGCAGUUCAGGUUUGUGAUGGAGCUGUUACUGUCGAAGACCUUACAAAGACAUACAAUGUGAAGAAACAUCCCAAGUACAUCAGUGGAGACUGGUCUGAAGCCAAAGUCUACCAAGAAUUCUUGAAGACAUUCGAAGUAGAUGGCCACACAGAUGGUAUUGUAACACUGGAUGAAUUCAUGGCCUAUUACGCGGCCAUCAGUUGCAGUAUCGACAGUGAUGCCUACUUCGAUCUUAUGAUGCGCAACAGUUGGGGAGCAGACCUGGCUGCCUGA